AUGGCCGAACAGGACGUCGAUCUCGACUCCAUCAUUGAUAGGCUGCUGGAGGUGAGGGGCAGCCGACCUGGCAAGCAAGUGCAACUCCUGGAAUCGGAAAUUCGCUUCUUGUGCACCAAGGCUCGUGAAAUUUUUAUCUCCCAGCCAAUUCUCUUGGAAUUAGAGGCCCCCAUCAAGAUCUGUGGUGAUAUUCACGGUCAAUACUACGACUUACUUCGACUUUUCGAGUACGGCGGAUUCCCCCCAGAGGCCAAUUAUCUGUUCCUCGGUGAUUACGUCGACCGUGGCAAGCAGUCCCUCGAGACCAUCUGUCUGCUCCUUGCCUACAAAAUCAAGUACCCGGAGAAUUUCUUCAUUCUUCGCGGCAACCACGAGUGCGCCUCGAUUAACCGUAUCUAUGGAUUCUACGACGAGUGCAAGCGCCGAUACAACAUCAAGCUAUGGAAGACCUUCACCGAUUGCUUCAACUGCCUCCCAAUCGCCGCUAUCAUUGACGAGAAGAUCUUCACUAUGCACGGUGGUCUCAGCCCUGAUCUGAACUCAAUGGAGCAGAUCCGCCGUGUUAUGCGUCCCACUGAUAUUCCCGACUGCGGUCUCCUCUGUGACCUCUUGUGGUCCGACCCGGAUAAGGAUAUCACAGGAUGGAGCGAGAACGAUCGUGGUGUGUCAUUCACCUUCGGUCCGGAUGUGGUAUCACGAUUCCUACAGAAGCACGACAUGGACUUGAUUUGCCGUGCCCAUCAAGUCGUGGAGGAUGGAUACGAAUUCUUCUCUAAGCGACAGCUGGUGACACUGUUCAGUGCGCCAAACUACUGUGGCGAAUUCGAUAACGCAGGUGCCAUGAUGAGCGUGGAUGAAAGCCUGCUCUGCUCGUUCCAGAUCUUGAAACCAGCCGAAAAGAAACAAAAGUACGUUUACGGUGGCAUGAGCGCCGGCGGGCCCAUCACUACUCCACGCAAAUCCAAGAAAUAA